CAGAACGGUCGCGAGCUCACCUUCGAAAUAAAAGCACAGCGAGUUAAGCCGACGGUUCUGUGAGAUUCUACCAGGUGACGGCUCCACUUCGAGCCUUCGAGCCCAGCGGCAGCAGUACGUUCAUAUAAUUAUAAAUUGGGCGCAGGUACAGACUGAGGCAACAUGUGGAAAAGAAACGGGUUUAAAAGUCGGGACCGGAAGUGCUACAUCUUCGGAGGGUAACUUGACACCGUUGUGGUGAAGAGGUGCAGCUGCGGUUCUGUAGUUAGAAGAGACCGACAUGACGAAGCGGACGGAAGACCGGGCCGAACCGGAGUCAGGAUAUCAUUAAUGGCCCAGUUGCUCACGGAGUAAAGAAUGGGCUCCAGAGCAUCGCAGCCAUGGCCAGAUCCACUAACAGAAGCGCCAAGGACGGCGACUCGCGGGUCACCGCCCCCACGGACCGCGGAGAAGCGCGGGACCUGGCUGAACCCCGGGAACUGUCUCUGGAGGAGGUGCUGAAGUCCUACGAGCAGCCCAUCAACGAGGAGCAGGCGUGGGCGGUGUGCCACCAGUGCUGCAGCGGGCUGAGGCCGCCCCGCCCGCCGGCCGGGACGCUCCGCCGGGUGGAGGAGCCGUCGUCCAUCCUCCUGCGCAGGGACGGAACCGUGGCGCUCCGGCGGGAGUCCGGACACAACGAUGACGGUCGUCCUCUUCCACCUGUUGCUGAGUGUCAGCUGGUCCAGUCCCUGGGUGUGGCCAUCUACCGAGCUCUGGACUGGGGCCUGGACGACAGCGAGGAGCGGGAGCUGAGCCCACAGCUGGAGCGCCUCAUCGAACGCAUGGCAGGAGGAGACCAGGACACGCACAGUGACCGGACUGCUGGUAACGGUACCACCGAUGAGGGCUACAGCGGGCAGGAGGAAGAGGAGGAGGAGGAAGAGCAGCAGGACGGAGUGACGAGGCCAGUGUGUACCUUCCGCCAGGUGAUGGCGCUGUGCGCUGCUCGGCUGGCCAACCCGAGCUUGGCCCCAGAGCACUACCAGGCUGUCUGCAGGGCUCUGUUUGUAGAGACUCUGGAGCUUCAGACCUUCCUCAUCAAGAUCAGAGAUGCUAAGGAGAUGUUAAAAAGGAUCACCACAGAGGACGAGGACCGUCCUACAGCUGAGCUUGAUGCCCUCAAACACAAAGACUGGGCCCGUCUGUGGGUGCAGCUGAUGAAGGAGCUCCGACAGGGGGUGAAGCUGAAGAAGGUGCAGGAGCAGCCGUUCAACCCUCUGCCCACAGAGUUCAGCCUCACGCCCUUCGAGAUGCUGAUGCAGGACAUACGAGCUCGCAAGUUCCAACUCCGCAAAGUCAUGGUGGACGGUGACAUCCCUACCAGGGUGAAGAGAAAUGCCCAUGAGUUAAUCCUGGAUUUUAUCAGGUCAAGGCCUCCGCUGAAGCCAGUUUCAGAGCGCAGUCUCGCGCCUCCUCCCCCACAGCAGCAGUCCCUCCAUGACCAGGUCCUGGCUGAGAUCAAGCAGGAGAGGAAGCUCAGGCCUGUGGUCCCACCGAGCUCCAGAUGUGAGAGGACAAUCACUUCGUUUGGCUCGCUGCCCUGCCUGGCUCAGACUUGUCCUUGCAAUGUCAAAUCUACUUCGUGCAUCAACUUGUCCAUAUCGGAGCCCGGACCCCGGGCACCGUCCCGCCCUCGCGUCCUGCUCAAAGCCCCGACACUGGCUGAGAUGGAAGAGAUGAACAUAUCUGAGGAAGAGGAAUCCCCAGACAAUGGGGAGCUGAGGAGGGUGGAGAGUUUCCCUAUGCGCCUCAGACGAGACCGCUCCUUCUCAGAGCACGACCUGGCCUUGAUUCACGGCGAGAUGCUUCCUUCUCUGUCUGAGUCAGCCCAGCUUGGCGAAGGGGUCAGACUGAGGGAGGACAGGCCCCGGUCCAGGACGUUGUCUAGCAGUGGCCAGCCUCCUUAUCACAGAGCAUCCUUCCCAGUUCAUGGCUGGAUGCCGCCCUCUCCAGCUGGCCUGUCUCUGAGCUCUGUGGAUGAGACGACAGAGAGGAUGUCAAGCUCCAGAUCUGGAGACAAGCACCAGUGGAUGGAGGAGUUCAGCCACCCUGUGGAGAGUCUUGCCUUAACGGUGGAGGAAGUGAUCAAUGUGCGCCGAGUGCUAGUCAAAGCAGAGAUGGAGAAGUUUCUUCAGAGCAGAGAACUCUACAAUAACCUGAAGAGAGGCAAGGUUUGCUGCUGCUGUAGAGUGAAGUUCCCUCUGUUCUCGUGGCCGUCCACCUGCUUACUGUGUAAACGAUCAGUCUGUGGCUCCUGCAGUGCAAAGCUGCCCAGGCCGUGUGUGCAUCUGAGCUCUAUGAAGAUCCCCUCCAAAAAGUUAGCCCAUAUUCCCGUGUACACUGUCGGCUUCCACAGCACACCACAGAGUCAUGGACACAAAGCUCUGGUCUAUAAGUCCUUGCGCAGCCUAUCCCGCCGCUCGGUGGAGGAGGAGUUCCCCCACCUGUAUGCUCACGGCUGCACGCUGCGUGACAUCUGCGCCGAAUGCACCAAGUUUGUGGCUGACGUGAUCUCCUCCAGCCGCCGGAGCCUGGACAUCCUAAACAACACUCCAAAGAGGGAGGUCAGAGCAGCCAGCGCCGCUCAGAGGCCUCAGCUCCAACGUCAGUCCAACCUUGAGUUUUACCCACAGAGCCACCCUUCCCCACAGCCUCAGCUUCGCCCCAAACUCCCUCCCCAUUAGCGCCAGCAAGAGUAGCAGCUUCAAGCAUUAUGAGCGUCGUCUUCAACACAGCAACACUCCAAGAUGGUCAAGUGUGAACCAAUGAAUAGCCUAAACACACACACACACCAAUGAAUUAGGUGUGUUAUUACACACAGUAAAUGGCUUUUUAUGGGUUUUAGUGGUCACCUGUCUCCAUCCACUAGUUCUUUAAAUACUGGGUUGGAUUAUUGGGUCUUUUGAGUUCUGUUGUAAAACCCUACAUAAACAUAAGGCGGAUUUGGAUUUUUGGUUUGAAUUUAUCGAUUCACAGCUACUGGCCUGUUCCUACCAUCACUUUCAUGUCCCACACUCACAUACACACUUAAACACUGUGAGAGUAGUUAAAGAGACUAAGUCAACAUGUAACUCUGGCAUUUUAGCUCUGUAGUUGCCUUGUCUAUGUCAUGAAUGUAAUUUAGAAGAACAGAAUUGUAAAAUUAUAAGCUUGUAUACAACAUAAGUCUUAUUUUUAAUCAUAUGAAAAGGGAUUUAUACCAAGUGGCUGCAGAAUAACGCGUGCAUUUUAGAUGCGCUUGUAAAGUCCCAGACACAGGAUGAGGUAUGAUAGCGGUGACACUGAAUGUAAUGUGAUGAAACUGCAGACUGCACCUCCACCCGAGCAGAUACGACUCCUGUCUGUCUCAGUCACUCCCUACGGACGCUUGCAAUCUGCUGUGGUUUUGUAAACACCAAGUAAAUCUCAACUGCAAUAAAAUCAAAUGAGAAAAACGA